ACAAAACAAAAACCUAACCUCACACUUUGUUUUUGUUUUUAGUGAUGUCACAGCAUAGAAAACGUUUCGUUUAUUAUUAUGCUGUGGUGAUGUGAUGGGCGAAUAUACCAACGGAAUAUACACGUAUAGUUUGAGUAGUAUAUAAUAUAUUCUUUAUCUAUGCAUAUAGUAUAGUAGACUAUACACUACAAGACUUAGGGUGAGGGCAGGGUGACUCAGGCCUCAGUUGAACAGUCCAACUCCAAGAAAUUUGAGUGCAAUUUGAGUUUUACAGCAGAAGCGUCAUGUCUUUAAAUACACUUAAAAAGUGCACCCAGAAGGAAGGAAUGCAAAGAAUGAAUUAUUUGUAUCAGAUAUGUAAUCUGAUGAUCACUGAGAAUAGGACAAAUAAUGCAGCUGCUGCAGCUUAUUCAAACCUUCUUAAUAAUAUUUCCAGGAAAACGGUUCAAAGACUGGAAAUAGACAUGAAGCGAACUAUAUGUAAGGCUUGCGUAUGUCUUCUUAUUGUUGGAGUUACUGCAAAAAUAGCAAUUAAAAAGAAAAAACGCAUUUUGACAUGUCUUAGAUGCAACCAUUCGAAAAUAUAUAUUAUCAAUAAAUAAAUACUAUUGUUAUAUUAUGUACAUA